CUCACCCAUCUAUAUAAGUCUCUCUCCUUCUCUCUUCCCCCUCCAUUCCAACCAUCCACCCUCUCUCUCUCUCUCUCAUGGCAAGUGCAAUUAGAGCACGAGUCAUGGAAGACAUGAUGAGCCAACAAGCUUGUUGUGAGAGGCCGGGGACGCUAGGCUUGCGCGAGGACUCACAUAUGAUAUCGAAGAUGAAGCCAAAGGUCAGAAUAGUGCACAUCUUCGCACCUGAGAUCAUAAAGACCGACGUGGAGAACUUUCGGGAGCUCGUGCAGCGGCUCACCGGGAAGCCCGAAGAGAGAAAUGGUGGUGAGAAGAAGGAAGCAGCCGAGACCAUGGGAAUGAGACAGGGCCACGGGGUCUCGUGGCACGGAGAGAUGGUUAAAGGGGAGUUGCAGGAAGAGAAGAGGGAGUUGUGGAAGGAGGUGAGUUCGGGUGGGUUCUUGAGUGGGUUCAGUGAUGUGGAUGGCUUCUUCCAUGGUCUCAAUGAUUGCCCGUUGCUUCCUUUCAGCUCUUCCGACAUGGGUGUCAUUGGAGAGGCACAUAGCCCUCGACAAGAAGGGAAUUAGUUUUGGAAGUUUGAAAUUUGCUUCGCUUCAUGAUCCUUUCCUUUGCACUGCUCCUUUAGAAUGUGAGAUUUGUAGCUGGGUUUGAGUUAUGAUACUGUUAAUUUGGUAUUGGACUUUAACCUUGUGAUGAAAAUACAUGAAAGGCAUACUGAUGUUCUGUUUGUUUCUUCCA